CAUAUAUGAUACUUGAAUUCUGCAACAUAGGCCAACUUGAUAUUUGGUUAAUAGACAAUAAGAAGAAGGCCUACGACAGAACAUUUGAGAUGCAGCUUUGUAAAAUUGUGAAUGGGAUUUGCGAUGGAAUGUUGCAUUUAGAAAUCAAAAAGUUGGUGCAUAAAAGUCUUGCAGCUAGAAAUGUGCUUCUGAAUAAGCCUCCAAGAUCCUCAUCAAGUGAAUUGAUACCAAAGAUUUAUGGGUUUUGUCCAACACCAAAGAUUGAUGAAGACGGUAAUGAGCAAAUUCCUAUACAGUCUGCGGCUCCAGAAUAUUUUGAAAGUGCCACAAAUCUGACAUCCAAGAGUGACGUCUGGUCGUUUGGUGUCGUAUUAUGGGAAAUAUUCAGUUUAGGCGAAGAGCCUUAUCGAGGAAAGACAAGAGAAGGUAUUCGGACAUUUCUUAACAACGGAAACAGACUAAGACGACCUAAACUUGAUUUUAACUACGACUUGAUGACGAUGUGCUGGCAUAGAGAUGCAGGCUCGCGGCCAACUUUCGAGGAAAUCAAAUGUGAAUUAGAAGCCCACCCGCACACUUUAAAAGCUAAAAGUCAUUAUGAGUGA